ACUUCUUAUUCUCUUCCAUAAUACCUAACCACCAACUGCCACAACGAUUUGAACACAAAUCCGGGCUUUCACCACCCGUCAACUCCUUGUCUCCUCUCGGGGCGAGCACUCUCCUUUCAAUUGAAUCUUUCGCUUGUUGCACGGGUUCUCAAUCACAGCCGGGCGCAGCAUCAACUUCCCCCUUGUCCAAAGACUUUGGGAUCCCGCCCCCCCCUUCUACCGGAGGUCAGAUAGCUGCUGACCUGGCUGCCCAACAUGGUUGCUCCAGCUAUUCCCGAGCUCACGGAGGAUGUCAUUCACGAGUCGAUUGAUGCGCGAACCGAUUCCUUAAUUUCCUUGCGCGAACUCGGUCCUCCCGACCUGGUGCAUCUUCUGAAGCAAUCCGUCAGGACCCCUGCGAAACAAAUCGGAGUGUAUCACCACAUCACCGGUGUCGAUGCCUCGUCCUCCGCCAGCCUUGCCGCUUUCAUCAACACACUGACGAAUCGAGAACAUGGACCCUCGGCGCAAAACAAGGUAGUGGAGGGGCUAUACUGCUGCUACAACGCCUUUUCCCGACUCGAUAUGCGUGUCCAUGUGACGAUUCCCGGUUCGGUCGAGAGCUACUGCGUAGACGAACGAGGCGACAGGCGCAAAGCCACCGACGAGUUGUGGCUCGAGACCUACCUCUGCAGUGUCAUUAGGGCCUACUCGUAUGCGGACGAUGGCAGCGGCGAGACCAUUCGCAAGAUCAUGGGCGUGCGCCGGUUCAACCCUGUCACUAACACGGAGACGGAGCAUCGGUUCCUUAAUGCCGCCGAGCAGCUUUUUUUCAGAGGCUGGCAACUGGGCUCCGACUCGGUCGUCCAAGUACCAAACAACGUCUCGAAUCAUCUCACUGCCGGCUUGCUCAGCUACUUCGAGACUACGGGGCGCUACGCAUCGGGUAUCAACCUUUUCGAAAAACUCCGCACGCAGAACAUCGAGGUUUCCUCUCUCCUGGCCAAGCUUCUGUUCAUGGGUAACGAGGAGGUCAAGGGCGUCAGAGUCCUGCAUGAAGCCCUCAAGGAACUGCCCAUGGACUACGUCAUGCUCGACACCCAGGCCGAGUUCCUCCUCAAGAAGGCCCAGACCGCCGACUCCCCAGAGCUCAAGGACGAGUGUCUCCGCAUGGCGCUGGCAUGCGCCGACCGCAGCACCGUCGCCGCCCCUAGCGAAUUCGGCACCUGGGCCCGGCUUGCCCAGGUGUACGUCGCCAUGGAGGACUGGGAGAACGCGCUGACCAUCUUGAACUCGUGCCCCAUGUUCACCUACCAGGACAAGGACACGCCCCAGAUGCCCGAGCCGAGAGAGAUCCACCUACCGACCUUGCCGGAGACGCGACUGGACGAGAUCGACAGCGAGCCCGAGUCCAGGUACUCGGAGCAGGUGGACCCCAACCUCUUGAACCUCCGCGCCGCCACGUACAAGGGCACUUUCAAGCAGGCAUACUGCAUCCUCACCGAGAUGGCGCGCAAGAUUGGAUGGGACCAGCUGCUCAGGAUCCGCAGCACCGUUUUCGUCAUGGAAGACGAGUAUCGCACCGAGAAGCAGGAGACCACCGGCCAGUCGGGUCCGACCAACCGCACGGCUAGUACCGACGGACUGCGCGGGACACCGGAUCCCACUACGAAUGGAGACCAGACAGAUGAAGAGGACGGUGCUGUAGCAGGGGAAGCCAAGUCCGCUGAGGGUGAUGCGGCGGCUGUGAACGGGGACGCGGAGGCGGAGGUGGAGGCCGGCGGACCUACAUCGGUGGAGAAGCCAUCGCACACGAUAGAUCCCGGCGAGGUCAAGUCUGAUGCCGAGAACGGCAACCAGAGCGAUGAGCAUCUAUCGAAAUUGAACAACAAGCGGCUCUGCGAAAGGUGGCUGGACAGCCUCUUCAUGGUCCUGUACGAGGACCUGCGGGUCUACACGAUCUGGAGGACGCAGAUGGCGCAGUACAAGGCGCAGGCGAUGCAGUACCGCAAGUCGCCGGAGGAGUGGGAGAUCCUCGGGGCGCUGGCGGAGCGGCUGCAGCACACGGACGAGGCGCUCGAGGCGUACCGUUCCUGCCUGGCGCUGCGGUUCAGCCCGAAAGCGCUGACGAGCAUCCUCCGCCACUACGAGAGGUCGAAGAGCACGCGCGACACGGUGGCUGCGGUCAUCAGGUUGGUGACGUGGCAGUACCGGUGGUACUCGGAGUUCUCGCCGGAACUGCUCCACGUGAUCCGGUCGUUGAUCGAGGACGAAGGGGCGGUCAAGGUCCGGAGCAUCAUUCAGGCCACCAGCUUGCCGCAGAACGUUGUCGACUUGACGCAUCACUAUGCCGCCCUCUGCGCAACGUUUCGGAGCAGCGGGACGGAUGGUUAGGUUUUGCGUGGACCCAUCAUCGGUUGACGGGAUGGUGAAAUAGGAAAUAGAACGCGGAGCACAAGAUGAGAAGACCAAUGUCAAGACGACGUGGGGAGUGUCUUCUUGUUUCUGUUAGAAACGGCGGCGGAUAGGGAGUCUGACAAGGUAUUCCUCGCCAGCGCCCUCCUUCAACGAGGGAACGUAAUAUCUAUAUACGCAUACGCCCACACUUCCCGAGAUGGCCUAAAUAGGUAGCCUAGUCAAGUUAUAUAAUCUUUCUAUUAUUAUUCACAUGCUUAUCUGAAAGUACGUGGGCUUUUCAAGGCG